AUGUUUAGAUAUAAAAUUGUUGGCAUUUUGCACGCGAUCGGAUGCUUUGGUGCGAUAAGGCUUAACGAGAAUUUACUAAACUUAUACUUAUUCCUAAUGAUUGUGCUUUUAUUCGGCGACGGAAUCCUCGGAAUUGUUUGGAUUCUGCGCUUCAAUACAAUUGUUGCCAAAUUGAGAGGAGAUCUAAGGCUUAGAUUAACUAACGAUUACGGAAUGGACAUUGAAUUUCAAGUAAGCAAUUAAUGAAUUGCCUCUAAAUAUUAUCAUAUGUUUGUAAU